UGUCCAGUUUCAGUAUUUUCCUGUUUUUGAAAAAAAUUUAAAUCACAUUACAAUGCCAUCUAACGAGAUUUCAUUGGAGAUCUUUUUGACGUUUGAGAACAACGCUUUCGCGCUGUACGCGUCUAUGGUUCUGCUCGCGUGGAAAGACAACGAGAAAAAUUCGUGACGUGCUUAACCCACAUCUUCCUCAUAAUAUUCGUAAAAUGUCCGCCUUUUUGUGACUUUUCCUUCUAAUCUCGUAAAAAUUUCAUUUGCUUCGAUAAACGAUCGAAUUUGCUAAACGUAACGAUUCGAAUGUUUUGUGGGAGAAAAUAAUGCUUAUACUCGCGUAUGGACACCAGUGCCAGACACGAUAGCUAGGUUUUAUAUAAAUAAGAAACAAGUGUUACUGUCUUGGAGGCAGUAUGAGUAAUCCUUAUAGAGCCAGACCAACUAGGUCUAGAAUAGAUCACAGCUUAGGCUAUGGAACUCAUAAUCAAAAUAUAUGGAAUCCAAUGUCUAGAGUACCGCCUGAAGUAUCGUCAAAUGAUCCCGUUCAACAUCAACCACCACUUCUGAAUCAGCCAAAACAGUCAAACGAUCCUUGGAAUAAUUCAUGGAAUUGGGAUUUUGACAAACAGGCAGAUAAUCAGCAACAGCAACCGCUACAGUCAGAACAGCAGCAACAGCAUUAUGUACCUUCUUAUGCCAAUCAAGGACAGUUGAUACCUAAUUCCAUUCAAGAUCAUUAUUAUCAAAGCGUUAACGGUAAUAAAAAUGAUCUGCUCAAUCAGAAUUUGACAUCAGACAGAAAUAUACCAGGGACAGUUGCUAAUAGGCCACCAAUUCCUAAUCAUACAGAUUCUUUUACAUCUUAUUCAAAUUAUAAUCAAUAUCAGCAAUAUCCACCACCGCCACCUCGAACAAAUUCUAUUAAAUCUGGAUCUAUGAAUUUCGAUCAACCACAAUGGGCAGGUGAUCAACAAUCUCAAAAUGUUUCAUAUUUACAAAAGUCAGGUGUACAAAAUCAAAAAGAGCAAGCAUCACGUCCUACUUUAGUUGGUAGCAAUUAUAAUUGGAUGAAGUCUAAUCAAACAAAUGUAAUGACUCCACAAAAUUGGCAAAAACCAGCUGCUGUAUCGGGACAUUGGCAGGAUCCAAAAAUGGACAAGGAGGCACAAAAUUUUGAUGAUCUAGGUAAUCAAUAUACACCACCAGUACAACAAACUAGAUCAAGCCAACACCUUCUACCUUCUACUGAAAAUAAAGAAUAUUCUAUAAAUGAUACGAAUGACGCAAAUAAUUGGUCCAGUCAAGUUCAUAUGUCUUCUCAAUGGAAUGCUCAGAACCGCGAAUCUGCAAUACCUAAUCAAAGUCAGCAAGUAACACAAGCUAAUGAUGAAUUUAAUUCUUGGCCUCAAGCAAAUACUGAAGUCUCACAAUCUUGGAAAAAGACCAAUGACAAUAAUGCAACUCAGUGGUUACAUGAACAGCAGGAAAAUAAUAAUUUAAUAGAAGAAAGUGUUAAACAAGAAGUCACUGGCGCAGUUGCUACAAAUGACUGGCAGCAAAAUCGUACAAUACCAUCUCAUCUUAUUCAUCCUAAUAUUAUUCCAGCUGUAGAUCCAAAUAUAGAACAUGAAGAAAGAAAACGGUCUGCUCCUUCGUUAAUUUCAAAUUCUGUCAGCUCUAAAGAUCCUAAUACACAGAUAAAAACAAAUAUUGCUAAAUCAUAUCCAUCUGACUCCCGGCUUAAUAUGUCUGCUACUCCUGAAACUAUAUCAACUGUUGCAAGUUCUGAAAAUAUUUCUGUGCAAGAGAGCAAUGAUUUUAAUUUAGCAAAUGAUGCGACAGAAAGUAAUUCAACUGAAGAGUUGCCUAUAAAAUUAGAACAGUUAAAUCUUGGUACUAAAGUAAAUAAAAAUGUUGAAAGUCAAAAUGAAUUGAAAGAAUCACAAUCUGUUAAUCCUGAAGAUGGGUGGAAUCAAAAUACACUUUCCAAUAAUGGUGUUACACCUGAUAAUAUAUCUGGAUUACCUUUAGAAUGUGCUGUACUCGGUACAGAAAAUGCUCAUUCCAAUGAUAAUCAAAAUCUUGUUAGUCAAGAUCAUACGGCGCUUAAUCCAUAUCAAAUGACAAACAUUAAGUCUUCAGACAAUAUAGCACAAAGUGGAUAUGAUCAAUGGUACAGCCAGGAUGCAUUGCCACUUUCCUCAGAAAAUACAUUGUAUUCGAAAGAUAAUGUUCGUCCACCAAAAGAAUGGAGUAUAGAACAAAACGUAGAGAACUAUGAAAAUAUCCAACAGCCUUCAGAAUUUAUAAAUUUAGAAGUAGUCACGCCAUCAUUACAGGAACGAGAUAUAUAUGGCUCAAGAGAUUCUAUAAAUAAGGAAACUUUAGAUAAUGAUCCUAAACCAGUUCCAAAUUCUGCCAAGGAGGUGGCCAGUACACGUGAUUUUAGACAGGAAAUAAGUAAUAUCGAAGUACCCUCUGUGCAGCAGUCCACACGAUCUCAUUCCCUUCUUCAGGCAGAACAGGUGCCAGAUAAUUACGAGUUCGCAUCAAACGAUAGAAAUACUUUUCUGGAAACCGGAGAAUUAACCGAUUCUCAUCAAGAACAUGAACCGAGUCCGCCAAGUCAAGAUGAUGAAAAUGACGAAGUGCCUAAUGACAUUCCCUUUUUACGCGAAGUACCGGGACAAUCAAGUUCCAUAGAUCCACGUAGGAAUGAUCCAACCGGGCAAGAACAAUAUGUUCAGACUGGUCAAAGAUUGUCUGAUCCAAGAAGAAAUGAUCCGUCUGGUCAAGAGCAAGGUCUUCAAUUAAGGAAUAUGUCUGAAAGAUCAGAACGGCGCGAUGUUCCACCUGGACAAGAAAGAAAUGUUCCUUUACUUUCACGAUCAGAUUCCGACACGAUGGAACGCCGAAACGAUCCAUCUGGCAGAGAACGGUCUCUGCCUCCGCAACAAUCACGAAAUGAUCCAUCUGGAGAAGAAAGAUAUCAGUCGCAAUCCCAAAUUAUGUUAGAACCAAGUGAGACACGGGAAAUACCUGGAAGAGGUAAUGAAUCUGAAGAUCCUGUUCAGCAGACUGAAGAAAACCUUAGACAAAUACCGGGCGGUGCAUCUUCCAACGAAGUUACUCAGUCACCAGAUGACAGAUCUAAUGGAAGAGUAGUUACAGGCUCUCAAGAAGUUCCUUCUAUAGGCUCUGCAAUACAGGAUCAGACCGGUGACUCGAGAAACAAACGCGAGGAAGCUGUUGGCGCAUCAAUACGCGAGAGUCAAGGAAUUCCUAGUGCAUCGAAUCGUAGAGAUUCGUAUGAAGAUGAGGAUGAUGAAGGAGGAUCCGGAAAUAGUAGAGAUGAUAGCAGAGAAAGACGACGUGACAGUAGCUCGGAACGCCGAAGAUACGAAUACGAACGAAAAAGCGCGUAUUACGAUCGUGAACGGGAAUAUGAUGAUGAUUAUUAUUACGAUCGCCGUCGUGGAGGAGAAAACGAUCGGACAUAUAAUACUCGCGAUGAAUUCGAUCGUCGAGAAAUUCCUUACCGAGAAGAUGAUCGCAAGCACCAUAGUCGAGACGAUCUAGAUAGGCAUUCAAGAGAAGAGGUCGAUAGAAGAGGCAGAACUAAAGAAGAUCUAGAUGAUAGAGACAUUAGAAGAAGACCUGACGAUCGCAGAAAAGAUAGGGUUGAUGAUGGAAUACGACGCAGGGAAAGAGAUAUUAGAGACUAUGAUUUACGAUAUUCUAGAGAUCGCGAUUAUCUUGACCGUGACAGAAGAAGGGACGAUAGACGACCAAGACGAUACGAUGAUUACGACAUAAGAGAUCCAUAUAGGAGAGAAUAUUACGACGAUCCUUAUAGUAGAGGAUCGAGACCGUCCAGUAGAUCCUCCUAUAAUGAUAGAGAUCGAGAGUACUACAUGCGAUCGAGAGAUCCGUAUUAUCCUUAUAAUGGCUAUCCUGGAUACGAUUAUGGUGUUCAUUAUGCCAGUAACUAUUAUGCAUACAUUGAAAAUUUGCGACGUACAAACCCUGCUGCUUAUUCGGAAUGGUAUCAUAAAUAUUAUGCCAAUCAACAUCAACAACAACACAUUUCUCGUGGUGUUGUCAAUUAUCCUGAAGACAGAGCAAGUGUCCAUUCCGGGCGUAGUUCUUGCGACGAAAGAACAACUGGUGAUAAACGAACUUUAGCUGAUAUAUCUAUGCUUGAAGAUUCAACAACUACCUCUGCACGUAUGACGCCAACUAAAUUCUCUAUUUCACACGUGUAUGGAUGUUUCUCUAUCGGAUCAUUGAUACAUGUGCAUCCAUCUUAUCCAUCUGAUGGUGAAAGAGCCAAAGUAGAUAUUUUUAGAUUGGAUAAUCUACUUUCACAUGAUCCAGUAGCACGCGAUUUACGUGCCUAUCCUGGUCCCCUAAUUAAGCAAGUGGGUGUGACUCAUAAAAAGACCAUUAUCGAAUAUUGUGAGAAUAAAAUUAAAAGGGCAGCGUCAAACGAAGAGAUGGUUGAUCGUGCUUCAUACAUACUUUUAUAUGAACUAAUGAUUAUGUUGAUUCAACAAAAUGGGAAUGUUGUCGGCGUUGAUAUAGCAGCAUUGUUACUCAGAAAUAAAGAUGCAUAUCCUUACGAUGUAAAUAAGCAAAAGUUGCAGGAUUCAGGAAGAAGGGAAUCGAUAAUAUCUCAAAGAUCGGGAGCCUCAGUUGGAGAUAGUGUUCAAGGUAGUCAAGAUGGUGCAACGACAUCCGAAAAAGUCGAAAGUAAGCCACGGAAAAGCACUGAACAAAUAACAGACGAAUUUAGAAAUACGUUACUUUAUGGAUUAGUCCAAGAAGCAUUAGAAUAUGCAAUGAACGAAGGUCUUUGGGGACAUGCACUCUUCUUAGCUAGCAAAUUGGAUAAACGUACGCAUGCAUCUGUAAUGACACGUUUUGCCAAUAGUUUACCGUAUCACGAUCCAUUGCAAACUUUAUAUCAACUUCAUUCUGGCCGUGUGCCAGCUGUUGUUACCGGUAUAUCGGAUCCUCGAUGGGAUGACUGGAGACCUCAUUUAGCAAUGAUUAUAUCCAACACAUCUGCCAAUCCAGAAAUUAAUCGUCGCUCAAUUACAACUCUCGGUGAUACACUUUCUGCACGAGGAGAUAUUUACGCAGCGCAUUUCUGUUACGUACUUGCACAAGUUGAUUUUGGUACCUAUGGAGCAAGUAAUGUAAAACUUGUACUGAUCGGUGCAAACCAUCAGAAAGCAUACAAUGUAUUUUUCUCAACGGAAGCCGUUAUGCUCACGGAAAUAUACGAAUAUGCCAGAAAUCUUAGCGAACCAGGUUUUACAUUAGUAGAUCUACAAACCUUUAAGUUCGACUUGGCAAUAAAAAUGGUAGAUCAUGGAUUAAUAGAGAAAGCUUUACUAUAUAUAGAACAGAUUGCAGUAAACAUUUUUAACGAACCAUUGAAGUACAAAAAGUCGUUUAUUAAUGCCGUGUAUAAUUUAGGAGACAGGAUUAGGUAUCAUGAUCCUGUCUAUAAAGAUUCUAUCGAUGAAGCUACAACUUUAACUUGGUUCAAUAAUCUAGCUGAAAUUGUUGGUAAAUGCCAUGAGGGAGAAAUUACCGAAAAUGAAGUUUACGUUCCUCAAGCAAAACAAGAAUCGUAUAACAGUAUACAAAAUCAAGAAGUGCAUGAAAUGAAACAACAACAGCAAUGGAACACGAUUCAACCCGAAUACAGAGAAGGUUCAACGUCGAUAAUGGAAGUAGCCACGACUGAUACACAGUCAGAAUGGCAGCCAUUAUCUUUACCACCGAAUAUACCAGAUACAUAUGAUCAAAGUAUGCAGUAUACGAGAAAUAACGAAGAAUCUUGUCAAUAUCAACAACCUCAACAGCAAGAUUAUUGGACUCAAGACUCUUAUUAUCAAAGCAAUUAUGGAAGAAACGAUAGUACCAUCACGAAUUGGCAACAACAAUCGACAUAUUCUCCAGAACAAAGUGAUAUUGACAACUCUCAACAGCAAGAAAAAUGGAGCUAUAAGACGGAAAGAGAAGAACAAACACCUACCCUUGAAUCAUCGCAACCGGCAAUUUCGAUGACACCGUCAAUGAGAAAACAGUACGAUCCAUUGGAGGAAUUGGAUGCCCUCGAGACUCCGAAACCAGCCUCGAAACCUGCAGCUUCAGCUAAAAAAGUAUCGGAAAAACCAGUCGAAAAGAAAUCUUCUAACAGCGGAGGUUCUUGGUUUGGCGGCCUCUUCAGCAAACUUGCUCCAAAACCAAGGAACCAGAUGAUUCUUCCAGAUGACAGUAACCCGACGAUCGUUUGGGAUCCGGUUGCUAAAAAGUGGAUGAAUAAAGACGAAGACGGAGAUAGUAAUUCGGCUACAAUAGCUCCCCCUCCGAAAGCUUCUGACAUGGGAUUUAGAUCACCUGUGCCUGAACAAGCUUCUCAACCACCUCAAUCAUCUCAGCCACCUUCGCAGGCAGAUGACACCUCUGUGAACAAAUUUAAAUUACCCAGAGGUAGAAGUAUGCGUGCUAAUUAUAUAGAUGUAAUGAAUCCAGGUGGUCCAAAAAAUAACGCAGUACCUUCAAGUAUACCAACCCCGGUAACAUCUCCAAUGGUACCUAUGGCUACGUCAUCACCUCAGUUAUUUAUCCCUGCUCCAGUUAACGAUCCAAGUGCUCCUGUAGACUUCUUAACUUCAACGGAAGCAACAGCAGCCGUACCAACGAACGUUCCUGAGAAUACAUCUCAAGGGUUCUCUCGAUGGAGCUCAACCAGCUCGUUAUCGCGAGAGGUGCAGAGCUACACUAUGAGGGAUCCGCGUUUUCUCCCACAGAACAAGGGACCAAUGAUGUACAACCCGAACGACACGAAGAAUCGUUCAGUAAAGAGCAUACAGCAGAGCCGGUAUCCUCCACGAUAAAAUUCGCAAGAUCUUCAACAGCACGCGUAUUCGCUGAUGAAUAACCCCGAAAGAUUUUUUCCUUUUAUCAAGAUCACGUUGUUCAAACGAAUCGAAAUUUUCGCAGAUUACACAGGCAAACAUACCUCAAAUUACGUAAGCAAAUAAUAAUAGACGCGUUAUAAGUUUUAGUCAAGUAUAUGUGAAUUUCCAAUUUCGAUUUUACAAGGAUCAAUUUACUUUCUCUAGAAAUGCGAUGUCUGGAGAGUAUAUCAUACAUGUAUAUGUAUCUUAAGCAUAUAAUUGCUUCUAAAUAGUACCGUGAGCAUCUGAUGAAUAUCGCAGUUUAAUACAGAAAAACGUUUAAGAAGCCGUUAAUGUUAAGAGGGUUCACUUAUUUCCGUUUAUUAACUUGUAUCUUGUAAAAGUUCUACGCAUUGAUCGUUCUUAGUUAGGUCUACACAGGGUACUUGUUUUGUAACAUUAGUUUUUCUCACGGAAUGUUUUCUAACUAUCUCGUUGAUAUAUGGUCACGCAAAUCGUAGAUAUUUUUAUUUUGUCAAAUAGUUCUUACGAUUCAAUUCAUUUGCAAGUAUCGCUUAUUAACAGCGUAGAUUUCAACACGAAAAUAAUAUGCGUUGCUGUUGUUAAGGCGAAUGGAUUGAACGUUUUUAUCGCGGUGUUUUAAUGAGUUAUAUCGAGAAUUCCAAUAAUAAAGCAGCUGUUGAGAAAUGUAUGUUAUGUUGAAUGAGAUCGCGAAUGUUGAGGAUAGUGUUAAGUUUGCGCUCGUAACUAAAAUUCAGGUUUAUGUUGUGCGUGAGUAUAAUCGUAGUAAGAAUAACGUCGACCGUAUCGUCGACAUUCUGGACGAAAUUUGUUACAGUCUAAGAGCAUGGUGAUAUACCACCGAGUCUGAUUUUAUAUGCUGGCAAAGGACAGUUAUUACAUAGAAAACGAAGCGGAUAUCAGUAAUGUAAGAAAUGUUAGAAAUCUGAAAAUUUUAUGGACCUUAUUGUUGGGUGAUCUCUGUCAUGCAGGUACUGUUAUUAAUCAUCAGACUAGUAUAUCAUUAUACCAACAUUAUAUGAAUAAGAAUCGUAACUGCCAUCUAUGUAUCUAUUUGAAUCCGGAAUAAUCGACAAAAUGUUCUUUUCGAAUUUUUCCCUUUCUUCGUAAUCGUUCAAUGCAUUUCUUUCAACAAAUUUUGUCCAAAAAUCGUUUGAUAGCUAGUUUACGAAUACUAGAUAUAAUAUUUUCUUUAUAAGCAAUCUUCUUCAAUUUGGUACACGUUGUGCUUUAUUUUCGAUAUUAUAAGCGAGGCUACACAUUUAAAAAUUCCGAAUUUUCUCUUUGUUCAUUGUACGAUGUAACGAAACGAUAUUUAUCACCUGACGAAAUAACCACGAGUUAUACUAUAAUUCUCUAACUUAUUCAUACUGAUAGGUAAAUGCCGACUUGUAGAUUGCAGCGUUCAAUCGAACCAUGCAUAUGUUUUCUCUCUAGGAGAUGUGCAUAGCUCGUUUGUUCCUGGUAUGUAUAUAAAAACAUUGGUGCUGUCAGAGCGUUUCAGUUUGUAAUUAUCAGAUCCGUAUGCCAUAAAGAGUUUAAUCUGCUCAACUGGAAGAGAAAAUAUUUUAUGAAACGAGCAAAUACGCUUCUAUACACAAGGAUGUUAUUUCGCGUUUUUCUUUUUACGAGCGUAAUACGAUUAUUCCAAAAGUCUAUGUUCCUCUCGGUGAUCGCUUUCGAUGAUAUAUAUAUAUAUUACAUAUUAUAUUUUUCGCGAACAUUACCGAGGGAAGUUCGUUCUGUUACAUAUGAGCCAAGCGAUAGUGGCGAAUUUGACAAAUUGCCGAACGAAGGAUAACAUUCUCGCAAUGUACAAACGUAGGAUAAGUCUUAUAGAUCGGUUUCUCACUUAACGUCCAGCAUUUUGUGAUAGGAAUACGAUCGAAAGCAAGGACACAUCGCGAAUAUUAUCGAACGAGCGUAUUCAAAAUAUAGCGCGCAUCAGUUGGUAGGAAAAAACAGAAGAUAAAGAAGAAAGACAUGACAUUUUAUUCCUUUAAUGUCCGUAAUUUCCAUAAAUCGGCCGGUCUUGGUCGGGACUGUUCGAAGGAAGAAAGAUUGAAAAAUGCAAAGAGAAUAGCUCCAUUUCGUUUGUGUGAAAUAAUAUUCUUUUUCCGCCAUUGAUCACAAUUGGAGUGAAGCUGGUUUUGUCGAGAUUUGUAAAAUAUAUUAGAUUAUUCGGUUUUAUAUUCGUGACACGGUAAUGUGCUUUCAAGACAUAUAUAUAUUACGCAUAAAUUGUAGCAUAUUAUUAUGUGAAACGCGUCUUCGUGUAUGUUACAUGUAUAUACGUAUAUAUAGAUAUAUAAUGAAAUUUAUGAUUUGUACAUAUAAUAAACAUAAGUCUCUCUCUUCGGGAAAUAUAACAAAUUCACAUGUUGCUAUGUUAAAUAGAGCCAUUCGUCGAACUGUCCUUCUCGCGUUCAAGUAAAUCAAAGACUUAUUAUUACGUUUUAGCUUGAAAUGCAACAUCAAAAUCAGAAUAAUUCUUCUUGUGAAAAAUGGCAUUAAGAUGCAAAAUAUGUGUCUUGAUUAUGAAAAAAAUGAUUUUCUAUCCGAAAUUAAUGUUAAAUUUAUUUCAACGAAAUACCUCGGUUUUGUUGAGCAGGUUUAUAUAUCUUAAUUAAGUAAAAUUUAGAUUUUGAGUAUGUAAAUUCGAUCGAUUUGUAUCCCUUUGUCGAUAUGUCCGAAUGCAGCCGAAGUGAUAUGUGUACUCGCAGUAAACUAAUAAACGUCGAAAGAGGGUUUUAACAUGAAACGUUAACGUUGAACAGAAGUAUUAAUUGAAUUGUACGUAAUAUAUGUAUAGAAUGGUUUAUGAAUGAUGCGAUUUCGGCUUAAUGUAAUAUAUUACGAUAUAUCUUUAAUGCACUUUAUAAUUCAAAUGUCGAUGUAUGUUUAUGGGAAAUACGGAUAAUAAGAAAUGUAUACUGUAUAUUAAUAUUACUACUAUCCCUAUUAUUAUUACUGCUAUUAUAAUAAAGAAUGAUAUAUGAAAG